UGCAGGAAAGUGCCCUGUGGCCUGUGCCGGGGAGAACGCGUUUAGGAAGUGUGUGCAUACUUCUGAACCCUGAGUGGUUCUCAGUUCUGUAACCUUCGCCUCCCACUGGGUGGAGUAGGGCUUUAAAAGCAGCUGGAAUGCAGUUCCCCAGAUCAGAGUAGCCAGUUGUUGCCUGUAUGAACCGCUGCCAGUCCUGGAGAGCGGUGCUCUGAGCUCAAACCAGCCUGCCUUGCUCUGCACCCCUCAACACCGUCCUUCUCACUGGAACAAGAAGAGCACAGAGUCCCACCUGUCCAGCCAUGGAGGAGGACGCUGCUCAAGCUGAAAAGUUCCAGCACCCGGGUUCUGACCUGCGGCAGAAGCCGGCCAGCCCCAGCCCGGUACCCUCCUCCACGCCCAGCCCCAGCCUGAACCUGGGGAGCACGGACGAGGCCAUCCGAGACAACUCGCAGGUGAACGCGGUCACAGUGCUCACGCUCCUAGACAAGCUGGUGAAGAUGAUGGAUGCCGUGCAGGAGAACCAGCACAAAAUGGAGCAGCGGCAGAUCAGCCUGGAGGGCUCCGUGAAGGGCAUCCAAAACGAUCUCACCAAGCUCUCCAAGUACCAGGCCUCCACUAGUAACACCGUGAGCAAGCUGCUGGACAAGUCCCGCAAAGUCAGCGCUCACACAAGGGCAGUGAAAGAGCGCUUGGAGAGGCAGUGCGCACAGGUGAAGCGGCUGGAGAACAACCACGCCCAGCUCCUCAGACGCAACCAUUUCAAAGUGCUCAUCUUCCAGGAAGAAAACGAGAUCCCUGCUAGUGUGUUCGUGAAAGAGCCUGUUUCCAGCCCUGAGGAAGGGAAGGAGGAACUUGCUGAUGAAAACAAGUCUCUGGAGGAAACCUUGCACACGGUGGACCUCUCGUCGGAUGAUGAAUUGCCCCACGAUGGGGAGGCCCUGGAAGACAGUGCAGAGGAAAAUAUUGAAGAAAGUAGAGCAGAGAAAAUAAAAAGAUCCGGCCUCCGCAAAGUGGAUAGCCUCAAGAAAGCCUUCUCUCGCCAGAACAUCGAGAAAAAGAUGAACCAGCUGGGGACAAAGAUUGUAUCUGUAGAAAGGAGAGAGAAGAUUAAGAAAUCUCUCAUUUCCAAUCACCAGAAAAUAUCCUCAGGGAAAAGCUCCCCCUUCAAGGUCUCUCCUCUCACUUUCGGUCGAAAGAAAGUCCGAGAGGGGGAAAGUGCUGCAGAAAAUGAAAUCAAGUCCGAAGACAUGCCUAGCAAUGAUCAGAUGCCGAAUGACCACGAGGAGAGCUCAUUCACAGAAGAUCUUUCUCAAACAUCCCUCACCAAUGUCCUGGUGGAAGGGAAGGGGGCUGAGGGGGAUGCUGGGAGGGCAGCCUCGAGGGGGAGUAACUCUGGCAUGGACAGCAACGUGGACUUGACUAUUGUGGAAGACGAAGAAGAGCCAGUGGCCCUGGAACAGGCACAGCAGGUGCGCUAUGUGGGAGGCUACGCGGUAACCUCCAAAGGGGCAGAGCAGUCAGAUGAGGAUCCAGUGCAGCCACCUGUGCUGCAGGUGGACCAGACAGCCUAAAAGGCACAGCCUGCUGUGCCCAGCCUGUGCCUGCAGUUAGGUGGCAGACCAGAGCCUAGAGCAAACUCCUGCACAUCUCCAGCACCACCCAUCCCUACUGUGUUAUUCUCCAGGCGGUGAUCAUUUACGACCUAGCAGCAGCAGCGCACACGUGACCAAGGUUUACUAUAAGGCAACAUGUCAAGGGCUCCACUUCUAAUUUGCUCUUAAGUUCUGUUUCUGUAGAAUUUUCCCAAGACUGUCCAGAAGAAGCAAUGGAGCAGUUGAAAAACACUGAUCAGUUUGGCUUUGUCAGAAAAACCAGAGGCCACUUAAGAUACUAGUCAAAAAAUAAGUAUGAUUUAUUUUUUGUCAUUCCACAAGCUUGCUUAAUAGUGUACCAGUAAUGUAUUGAAUUUCCACAGAACCCUGUGAACCUAGUUGUUCUUUUUCAAGUGUGUCAUAUACAACAUACAUGAGUAUUUAAGCUAAUGGUGUAACUACUACCAAUUUUAAAAAGAAAACAUUUUUUUAAAUGGAGAAGAGAAAGUUGACCAUCUACCUAAUAGAAAACACUGGUUUAUUGAAAAUAAAGUAAAAAUUGAAAGAUUAUAACUUUUAGCUAAUGAAGUAAGAUAUGCAGAAAGUAAGGACUAGUAGAAAAAGGAAACUAAGAAAGAGAUGUGGGAAAAUGAGAGAAACUGGAAACGAAGAAUGCCAUAGAAAAUGAAGACAGAGAAAAACAUAUAUGGGUAAACGUAGAAUAUUUACAAUAUUAGCAUUUCACUCUUUAUAAAAAUACUAAAGAAGUUAAUAUGUCCUGGAAUAAUGUUAUAUUUUCACAAUACUUUUAUUUUCUAACAUUUUCAAAUAAUAUAAAAAAAACCAUUUUACUUUGUUAAAGCCUCAUUGUUUCCUUAAAAAGUAAAAGACAUUACAAAUAUUUAUCUAAGGAAGCUCAAAAGGAUGUAGUCUCUUUAACAUUGGAAUGAAUAUAAAUCUUCAAAAUUAAUCAACACAUACUGCCUUUUCUAGGAAGUUGGAUCAUAGUAUUCGUUAAUAUAAUAUUUUUCAAAUUUGAAAUAACUUUCACACUCCAAGUGUAGGAAUGUUGGUUCAAAAGAUAUUAAAAUCAAAGAUUUGGGAAGAGAAGCCUUCUGUUUUUCCUUUUUUUAUACAUAAUGAUAAUUUCACUCCGGGUCAUAUUUUAUUUAUAUGUUAACUUCACAUAAUUUUAACAUUUCUUAAAACAUGUUAGUAUUUAUGUAUAUGCACAUGUAUUUAGAGAGGGUAAUUUUUACUACUACAUAACAUUAUACUAAAAUAUUGCUUUAUUUUUAAUUACAGAGUGCAAAUGUUUUGAAAAAUUAUUAAGCUGUAGUUUAAAGACAGGUAGCAGAGAGCAAAUCCCUACCUUUAGUUUUUACCACUCACUAUAAGUAACCUUAUUAAUAUAGCUAAUCCAAGUCAGUAUUAGCAAGCUUCUCUGUCUUAUAAAAGAGAUGUUUAACAAAUAUAUUAAUGGCUUAAUCUAUACAGCUAUGCCCUCAUUUUUCAAUAAUGUAUCCUGAAUAUUAGAUUGUUGAACUAACAAUGGCUGUGUUAAAAAAGACUAAAUAAACCAAAAAUAAAAAGUA